UAAAGAAUCCUAACGAACUCAAAAAGAUUCUCUCUCUUUCUGUUACAACUUCGCCGCCGAUUUGAUUCUCCGAUGGCUACCUCAAGCCAUCUCCUUCUCUUCUUCCUCAUCACCACCGUCACGUCCCUCACUUCCGCCGCUUCUCCUCCGUAUCUCACGUCGCAAGAUCACCAACACGCCGACAGAAUCAUCGAAGCAAUGAUCGGAGCCGGAGAUUUCCGUGACUGGGCCGCCGAUUUCCUCUCCGCCGUCGAUGACCAGUUAGGAAUCCCUCUCUCCGCCACCAUUUUCGUCCCAAGCGAUUUCGACUCCGCCGACGUCUCCUCCUCCUCCACCACCGGCGACAAUAAUGCUUAUCCUCGUCGUCUCUCCGUCGCUUACCACAUCGUACCUCAACGACUCUCGUUCACCGAUCUUCGUCUCUUGAAACCACUCUCUCGUCUUCCGACUCUUCUCCCGGGAAACUCAAUCGUCGUCACUAACAACUCUGUUUCCGGUUAUACUCUCGACGGCGUUCUUGUUUCUGAACCGGAUCUUUUCCUCUCUUCUUCGAUCGCUAUUCACGGUGUUGCUUCGUCGCUUGAUUUCUCACGUUACGGCGAUAUUGGUACCGGUGAUACUACUUUAGCUGAUAGUCUCCGUCCAUGGUCUCAUCGCCGUCGUCGUCCUCGUGGUGGAUCCAACAGUGACAACAAUCAAACCUCUGUUUCUGCAUCCACUAUACAUUACUCAACUGGCUCGUUCUUGCUUCCAUUGGCGGCUCUGGCUUUGUUCUGACUCAACAUUCCGGCGACUUUUACCGGCAAAUUAACCGUCAAGAUUACACUAACGGCGUGAAAAGUAAAUGUCUUUUUGUCUU